AUGAAGGAGCAUUAUUCCACCUUAGAGUACUCUCCUUUCUACUAAAACACCUUCUUUCAACAUCGCAAACAUUAAUCCUCGCAACUACAAUCACAACGUUGUGCGCAUCAAAACCGUUUCCCUCCAGCCGACAGAGAAACACAAUACAAGCACAGCCCUUCAAGCACAGCUCUUCAUCUCACCAAAGUAACCAUGAAUGGUGCCGACCCAUUUGCUAGAAUACCUCCAGCAGAAGGAACCAACCCUUUUCUGGACGAGCUUUAUCAACUCCAAAUCCCAGUGGCGCGCCUCCAAGAACAAAUGCGAGUAUAUCAGAGUUUCUCAGCAGGUGGAGAGGAGGGCCGUAAAAGAGUACUCGGUGAGAAAGUCAACAAGAGCAGAAACUACCUCGUCGAACAAAUCUUGGGUUUGAUUCGGGACAAGGAGGCGUACAGAAAGCGGAAGCAGAACCCCACUCGACUUUUCGAUCUUCCAUGGGAGUUGCGUCGUCAAAUCUACUUUUACCUCCCUCCCCCAUACUUCCGAUUGUGGAAACUGCUUUCGCUAGCAUUCUAUUCGUUGCUAUUCCCUCAUUACUAUUCUCCCCUCAGUACCGUCUGUGGAAACUAUAUGGCGCAAGCAAAAAAAAUGGAGAUUGUGACGGCUGGCAGGAUGCUAUUUGUUUCGAAGCAAAUGACGAGGACGUGUUAA